CGAACUAUAGAAACAACGCCGAAGAGCUUGGGUUGCAUUGAACUAGUUGCGAAUAAAUCUUCAGCAAAGGAAAUCUGAAAAGAGGAAAGACUUAAAAAGCAAAAACUAAACAAGAUGGAGUACCUGACGAAACAACCCGAGAACCAAAACGCGAUCCAGCGAUUUGGGCGCUGGCUUCGGCUGAAGCAGUACCAGAUCGAGGUUACUUUCGGCGUUUACAUGUUUACGCCAACUGAGAAGUUUGUAUUCUGGUCCGUCGUAUUCCUCCUCUACAGCCUCCUAAUGAUCGCCACCGUCCUCUAUCUCCCGCAACAUGUCCUCUUCAUCUUCAACCGCGCCUGGUUCUACGUGAAUGGCGGUGAGAGUGGUUUCGCAUCAAACUUCAUUGCCGGAAAGAAGGACGCUCUAUCACUAGCAACCUCAUCUACGACCACGACUAUGGCGGCGGCUACCGAGGCCGUGGAAUCCAUGAUUCGGGAACUAUAAUGCGCAAGCCCCUUUACGAGAUUCGAAAAAGACGGCCUUUCCUAGAUAUCACGCGGAUGAUAAAUGAUCCAUGUAAUAAUUUUAAUUAGCUGGCUUGACCAGAUGCGCGGCGAGUUGCGGCGUUAACGUG